AUGGGCAAAGAGAAGAUCCACAGCAACAUGUGGUCACGACCCGUGAGGACUCAGCUUGGGAAAAGAGCCCGCCUCCUGGCCCAUAAGCCUCUGGGGCGGAAGCUUCACUUCCUCUUCCUGUUCUCCAUCAUGGCGGAGGACGGAGCCCGCAGUGUUGGCCGGACCGAAAGUGGCAGAGCCGCGCGGGCCGAGGGCGGGGGGCGGGACCCUGUCACCUCUUCUCCCGUCCUCCUCCGAGCGGGCUCGGGGCAGAAGCCUGAGGGUUCAGCAGCACGGCUUGUGGGCGGCAGCGAGGGCACGGGGGGCGGGCGGACGGUUCCGGGACAUGGGGUCCGGGCCUUCUUCCGGCCCCGGGACUUGAGCCCGGCCGGCUGUGGCAGGGGUCGCGAGUGUGUUGACUGGCGCGCUUCCCUGUUGCAGCAGGAUCAAGGUGAAAAGGAGAACCCCAUGCGGGAACUUCGCAUCCGCAAGCUCUGCCUCAACAUCUGUGUGGGGGAGAGUGGAGACAGACUGACCCGGGCAGCCAAGGUGUUGGAGCAGCUCACAGGCCAGACCCCUGUGUUUUCCAAAGCUAGAUACACUGUCAGAUCCUUUGGCAUCAGGAGAAAUGAAAAGAUUGCUGUCCACUGCACAGUCCGUGGGGCCAAGGCAGAAGAAAUCCUGGAGAAAGGCCUAAAGGUGCGGGAAUAUGAAUUAAGAAAAAAUAACUUCUCAGAUACUGGAAACUUUGGCUUUGGGAUCCAGGAACACAUCGAUCUGGGGAUCAAAUAUGACCCAAGCAUUGGUAUCUACGGCCUGGACUUCUAUGUGGUGCUGGGUAGGCCAGGUUUCAGCAUCGCAGACAAGAAGCGCAGGACAGGCUGCAUUGGGGCCAAACACAGAAUCAGCAAAGAGGAGGCCAUGCGCUGGUUCCAGCAGAAGUAUGAUGGGAUCAUCCUUCCUGGCAAAUAAAUUCCUGUUUCUCUCCAAAGGCCAAUAAAAAGUUUUCAGUGAAAUGUA